GGAAAGUGGGAGGGGGCAGUCACACAAUCACAAGCCUUUUCCAGGCGAAGUUGGGAGCGAUGGGAGGGGAGCGCUCAGUGCUGCAGCUGGACGGGGGAGCGGCUCGUGUUGUGCCGGGCAUGACGAGAUGCUGCUUGUGACAGCGGUGUCGGAGUGAUAAUGAACGCCUUCAGUAAGUGCUGGGAUGGACGAGGAAGGUUUUCUGUCAGCGCAGGGUGGAAUAACAGUGUGCUGUUGUGCCUCCUGGCCCCGCGAUGGUGUCACCUCUGUGCGCUUUUCCCUCUGCUAUCCGGACAGGGGACACUGGCGGACAAGUGACACACCGACGUCGGAAUUUACACAAUUAUCAGUCUGAGAAUAGACCGGCGAGGGAGUAGAGGUUUACUGCCAUGGAGAGACAGAGCAGAGUCAAGGAGGAAAUGCCGACAUCGAAGGAGGAGAAGCGCAAAGAGAAGAAGCCGAAAUCUGGGAAGCUUUUCCGUAAGAAACCGUUGAAGUCUGUGGGGAGUUUUAUGAACAGAAUCAUCAAAACUUUGGGCACUUUCACCCACUUUGGAGACACGGACGCGCAGGACGCUGAGGACGACGACGGGGGGUUUCGGAAUGGAGCACCUUGCACCCUCAGCGCCAGCUCAGGAAUUAUCAAAGAGGAUGUACAGGUGGCUUGGGAACGAGUAGUGAAAAACACUUCGAGCACGUCUUCCUCUCUGUGCACCGGCAGAGAGAAGCUGCUCUACCAGUACGGAGACAAAAUCCCAGGUGUUCUGGGGCUGAAAAACCACGGGAACACCUGCUUCAUGAACGCCGUGGUCCAGUGUCUGAGCAACACCGACCUGCUCGCAGAGUACCUGGGGCUGGAGCGAUACAAGCUGGACCUGUGUCAAACCAGAAUAAACGGCGUGGUGAGGAGUGAGGAGACGCGGCUCGCCAAGGGAGAAGUCACGGAGCAGUUGGCAUCACUUGUCCGGGCUCUGUGGACUCUGGAGUACACACCACAGCUGUCUGUGGACUUCAAGACUAUAGUGUCCAAGUAUGGAUCACAGUUUCGUGGUAAUUCCCAACACGACGCCCUGGAGUUCCUCCUGUGGCUGCUGGACCGCGUCCACGAAGACGUCAAUCUGGCCUCUCACAAUAACAACAACAUGACCAAAGCCCCUGGAAAGGGCCCCGGUGGACCCGAAGAGGCACCGUCUCCUGACCCGUCCCAGUCCCAGCAGCCCCGAGUCCAGCACAGCUUUGUCCAGGAACAUUUCCAGGCCCAGUACAAAUCUUCAUUGACAUGCCCCCAUUGUCUGAAACAGAGCAACACCUUUGACCCUUUCCUCUGCAUCUCACUCCCUAUUCCUCUUCGCCAGACAAGGCCUUUGUGUGUGACUCUGGUGUUCAGCACCAAAGGACAGAGGUACCUGCGGGUCGGGCUGGCCGUGCCUCUGUUUGGCUCUGUGGCUUGCCUGAGGAGGAUGGUGGCUGACGAGGGGAAAAUUUCUCCAGACCAGGUGAUCCUGACGGAGGUCUACUCCACAGGGUUUCAGCGCUCCUUCUUUGAUGAAGACGAACUAACCAGCAUAGCUGAGAAUGAUGUCAUCUACGCCUUCCAGGCUCCGCCCCUCUACAUCAGAGGAGGCUCAGCACGGAUCUCAGGGUACCAUCACAGCCUGCCAUCGUCUCCAUACUCCACUGGUCCUGAGGGUCAGAGGUUACCUUCAUCAGGGACGUUGUCAUCAGAGUUCCUCAACCAGGGCGUCCCAGUCAAGAUUCUGCUGUUGGUGUGCAAUGCUGCAGGGGGAGGCCAACAGGCUGUGAGGUUUGGACCUCCAUUUCUAAUGAGGGAGGACCGGUCUAUUUCCUGGGACCAGCUGCAGCAGAGUAUCCUCAGCAAACUUUAUUAUCUGAUGAUCAAUGGCGCUCAAGCACAGAAUACCAGAGUGCUGUUCAACAUCCGCGUGGUGGGAGGAUCAGCAUUUUACAGCUACCUGUCACCUCAGGAUGGACGGCCCCUCUACCACCCUGCUGUCGACAGAGCUCUGAAGCUGUGCGGCUCAGGAGGACCUCCACAUGUGAAGCUCAUCAUCGAGUGGGAGCACAGAAUCAAAGACUGCCUGUUUGGUAACAUUCAGGAGGAGGUGGUGAAAGAUGCAGAGAGUGUGAGAAAUCAGCAGCAGCAGCACGUCCAACAGUACAGCUGCACCUUGGAUGAGUGCUUCCAGCUCUACACCAAAGAGGAACAGCUUGCCCCAGAUGACGCCUGGAAGUGCCCGCACUGUAAGCAGCUGCAGCAGGGGAUGGUGAAGAUGAGCCUGUGGACACUGCCGGACAUCCUCAUCCUGCACCUGAAGCGCUUCAGGCAGGUGGGAGAGCGGAGGAACAAGCUCACCACGUUCGUGCAUUUCCCUCUGGCGGGCCUGGACAUGACGCCUCACAUGGUGAACCGCAACCACGGCGCCCAUCAGGUCUCCCUCCAGCCUGGGUGGAAGCAGUCCCGACGACCCGACUUGGCUCCCCCUGACUUCCUGUACGAUCUGUAUGCUGUGUGUAACCACCAUGGAGGAAUGCAUGGUGGACAUUACACAGCCUUCUGCAGGAACUCAGUUGAUGGCCAGUGGUACAGCUAUGAUGACAGCAGUGCUGAGCCGGUUCCAGAAGGGGAGGUGUGCACACGUGGAGCCUACAUCCUCUUCUAUCAGAGAAGAAACACCAUCCCUCCCUGGUCUGCCAGUUCCUCAGUCACUGGUUCCACCAGCUCAUCCACCUCUGACCAUUGGCUGGUCCGGCUAACAGGGGGAAGUAAGAGGGGCAGUGUGGUGUCAGGAGGACCAAUCCCCGGACCCCCAGGGCCCACACAGGCCCCAGAUUCUCCUGAGCUGCCAGUGUUUGGAGAUGAGCCUCCCAAAACAGUGGAAACAAAUGGGUUUGAAGCUAAGCCAUUUGUCCGUGGGACCCAAGGCAGGAGUGUCAGCAUGAGAUCACCAACUAAGCCCAAGGAGACUCUGGGCAAAGUUCUGCCACUACGGUGGUCCUUUGGCUCCAAGGACCGCAUUAAACACCCAGCCCAGGCCCAGCCUGGAGAGCUGGUGGAGUACCUGGAGUCUGGGCGCCGGCCACGAUGUACCAAAGACCCUAUCAUUACACUGGUGGCCACGCCACCACAAAGGACUGCCCAGGGAAGAGCCUUUGAUGUAGGACAGGACUGCAGCUCACCUAGUGGCAGCAGCCUUAGCUGUACAGACAGACCCAGCUCUGACACUUGUUACUCCCCUAAAAUACCAGAGGGACAAAGCAGACCUUGUGCGGAGAGAAACAUCAGCCAGGGAGUCAGUAGCAGCAGCAACAUCAAAGCCAGAGAUGAUGGUUCUCUGAGGCAGAGGUCAUCUAAGAGAGCGAGGCAGGACCAGGGCAGGACCCUGGACCUCCAGCUGCAGAGAGGAGCCAUUCUAGGGGGUCAUAUAAGUCACAGUGCACCUCCUAGCAGAGACUCCACCCUGAGAAGAACCAAGGUCCAGACAGGGGUGCCCCCCAGGGCACAAAAAGACUUGUUACAGAUGGUCAUUCACCCUGAGGACAGGAGAGGGCAGAGGGGACAGGAAGGUCGCAGCCACGACAGCCUCUUGUCUUUUUUCAAACCUGGUUUCAUGAAGAAAGACAUUCCUAGGUCACCAGUAAAGGGGCAUGAUAGGCGUAUGGAUGGCCACGGACAACUGGAGAAGCUGGCAAGCAGUAAUUUAGCCAAACUGUCCCUCUCCAAUGGGAUGUUGACCACAGUGGUACUCGAAGAGAGGAAGGCUGGUGUCAUCCCCAGCUGUGACAACCAUAACUGCAAAGUACAACUAUUGAACGGAAAGGCUGGAAAUCACGACCCUGUGGACAUACAGCGCGCUCACAGCUCCAGCAACAUCCAGACAAAGCUGGACUUGACAUUUCGCAGGUGUGCCUCCCUGCAGAGGAAUGGCGAAAUAGUGGUUCCUCCUGCCCACCGCAUCCUGCUGUCAGACAAGCCCAGCUACGCCACUCUGCAGCGGACACGAUAUAGUACCACCUCCCUGGUGCCUCUGUGACAGCCCAGAAUGACAUUUGAACGCUAGGACCUCUGAUCUCUACGCUCGGCACACAGAGAAGCUCCCGGCAGGAGGCAUCGCUGGAAACAAAGUAUAUCUUCUCUCCCCUUCAUAGUACUGUUAUAAGUUCUUACCUGUGUGUGUCUUAAACUAAAUCUAUGCAGAGUUGAAUUUACUGAAGAGAGAAACUGCUGUAAUGUGAUUUCUUCCCCUUGUUUUGUUUUACAAAGCAGUCUACUGUUAAUGUAUGGUUUUAUUUUGGAGUUUAUGAUCAAGAUUUGAUAAGCAGAGGGUGAUUUGGUGACUUUACAUGUUUUUAGUCCAUUAUACAUAGGCUUUCAUCAAAAAAUGUUUGGAUGAUCUGUUUAUAAUUUGGUUUGUUAAGGUGGUAAACACUGGAAUCUUUUCAGCAUUUACAGUUUAGAGAUAAUGGGCUAAAACAUGUAAAAUUGUUCUUAAACACUGCAGAAAGUACUAACACCUGCACUGUAAAUUGGCUGCUAUAACAACAUGCAUCAUUGCUUCGUCACGUGUGAUCAGUUUCUUUUUUUCCUCUUACCAAUGCACUUUCUUUUUUUUCUUUUUUUUAAGUUUCUAUAUGUCUCUACAUGACCAGAGCUUACAUGCUAAGCUACCUUGCUAAUUUAGAAGCAGUUAGACUAUACCAAAAUUGGCAAAAAGCUGUUUUGCGUGGAGAGAAAUUAGUCACAACUAUGAUGAAAAAUCUGUGACAAGAUUUGCAAAUGUGUAUGUAUAUGUUAUCAGUGGUGUUCACAAAUAUAUAUUUUCCAAACAAACAAAUGCUAAACAAUUGAGCAAAUGUAAAACAAUACGCCAAAUAAAUACAUACAAAUACAUACAAGUCAGUCAGUCAGUCAGUGAAUUUGAGGUUGCAAAAGUUAAAACCACUCAACGUUACUUAGUCAAUAAUUGUCUGAUCAAAGGGUGAUGAGCUAUUAAAAAAUAUAUAUAUAUUUGCAACUAUCAAAAGAAAAAUUCCUAUUUUAAUGUUACACAUGAAUGCGCCGAAAAGACAGAUGUUCAAGUUUUCUAGCAGGACUUAAAUGUAGCAUACAUUUGUGAGUUAAGAGUCUUAAAACGCAAAUAUAACCCAAACCAAAUGUUUCAUGUGACCCAUACACACACACUCACUUGAUAAUCUAUCAAUAAAUGCAAAAGAACUUAUUUUUAGAUAUUUACAUGCACAGGCAGCUUCAAACUGAGUUAGAUUAAUAAAGUUGUGAUGUAUUUAUUUGUUCAGUUAUGAUGUAUUUAUUUGUGUUUUAUUUCUGUUUGUUUGUGAGUCAGACAGUUUAUUUGUAAACACAAUUAAUUACACAGAAAUGGUCAGACACGUUUGCAAAUCUUGUUUUUAUUUGUAGACUGUGAAACACAUAAUAACAUAUUUGGCACCAUUACUGAGACUGAUUUCUCUCCAGUUCUUUUUUGUUUCACAAUUAAUCUACAUCUUGUCGCCAACAGAUAAAUAAACUGUGGGAUGUUUGUGGAUGUACAGAUGAAAUAUAUAAGCAGCAUCUCCAAAUAUUUUUUUUAUUUUUAAUUCUAACAAUUUUUAUGUGUUAACAUGAAAUUGUGAAUAGCCCUUCCCAUAUAAUUACUUUAAGCUGUGGUUUUUGAUCAGAUUCAGACUGUGGAGGGAUGAUAAAGGUUUUUGGCUACAUCAGAGAACAGCCAGUGGGACUGCUCUGACAAAACAAAGUACUACUCCAGCAGCCUGUAUAAGAAGGACUUUGUAUUUCAACCUCUGCUCAGCUCCAGUGUAUGUGAGAAUGUACAUUUCUGUGUCUUUCACUGAUGUUGGAUGUGAACUUUAACAGGACUAGAUGCAAAAGCAAAGCUCAUUUUGAAGCCGUUUUCUCAUUUCAGAUUGAACACACACACACACAUACAUACAUAGACACAUACGCAUAUAUUAUUCUUUCUCUGCAGUCACAGGAGAGGUGUCCUAAUUGGAGCCAUGCUUUGUCACAUUCACACUGUAAUAAAGUAACCACCACAGACGGAGUCAGCACAUAUAAUGUGUAUUUAAUUCACACUCAUCAGUCAUAACCAUAGUUUCUGUUUCUGCACCAUUUCUGCUUUUUCUGCUGGAGGAGGAAGAGGAGUAAAACUCCAAAGGAGCAAAGUCAAUAAUAAUUUUCCUUUAUUUUCACAUUUGUUUCUAAUUUGGUAAUUUAUGCAUUGUAAAUUUGUCACAGGAGAUUAUUAGGGAAUAGAAAAGCGAGAGUCCAGACUGGUUGCCUACACUGUAACUGUAUUCACGUUUCCUGUCAUGUCAUUUAACAUUACUGUUUAACUACACUCUUUACCAAAAUGAAAUGAUAGUAAGUGAAGGAUGUUUCUGAGACAUUACCUUGGAAAUAUGGCUAGAUUAUAUUUUAUUAUUAACUUUUUUAAAAGUCUACAUUUUGUACCUGAUGUGUAAUUAUGUAAUUUAAGUACCAGAUUAAAAUUGUAUGUUUCAGGUUACUGUAUAAGUCAGAUUACUACAUACAGUGAGUGGGGUUGAAUUGGACACAACACACGAGAGUCCCUGUACUGGACUGUCUAUAAUGUCUGCUUAAUGUACUGCAAGUUUUAUGGAUUGCAAAUUAAACACAGCAUUUCUCACAAAUGAA